AUGCAGCAGACUUCGGCCGACGAUAGCUUCGCCCAUCUUAGCCGUCUGUCGCAAAAAGCAGGCGUGCAAGCCACUCUGAUACUCUCGCGUGAAACUGGUGCCAUCGUCCGUUCUUCUGGUCUGGUGUCCCGCGACGAAUCCUCCAACUCAGAGAGCACACUACCUGCUUCGAAUGGCUUGACGGAUGACCGAACUGACGGUGCCAUGCCGACCGCCGAGCAUGUCGCUGAAGUUGUCUGGAAGUUCGCCAAAGCCGCUGGCGAUAUGCUGCAAGAGCUGUCGAAUUUACCUGAAGACGACGUGAAGUUGCUCAGAUUGCGCUCCAAAAACAAAGAAUAUGUCAUCUUCCCAGGUACACAUAAAGUCUUCUGUGCUUGUUGUCAAAUUUCUGCUAACACCGAACCAGAUGCCAAGUUUAUUGCUGUCGCCAUCCACAACACUCCGCCAGCAUGA